AUGGACACCAGCCGGCUGCAGCCCAUGGUGCUGGGCUUGUGUGCACUGUCCAUCAGCAAUGACAACUGCUACCUGGCCUACCCCGGGAGCGCCACCAUCGGGGAGGUGCAGGUCUUCGACACCGUCAACCUGAGAGCUGCAAACAUGAUCCCGGCCCACGACAGCCCCCUGGCAGCGCUGGCCUUUGACGCAAGUGGGACCAAGCUUGCCACUGCUUCAGAGAAGGGCACCGUGAUCCGGGUCUUCUCCAUCCCUGAGGGACAGAAGCUCUUUGAAUUCCGGAGAGGCGUGAAGAGGUGCGUCAGCAUCUGCUCCCUGGCCUUCAGCAUGGACAGCCUGUUCCUCUCGGCAUCCAGCAACACAGAGACGGUGCAUAUCUUCAAGCUGGAGACUGUGAAGGAGAACGGCAGCAUGGAGACGGCCAGUGAGAUCCUCGACUCGGCGUCCCCCGAGUGCCCAUUAGUCACCCCACCGUAUAGCGCAGCCCCAGCCAAGGGCGCGUAUGGGCCUCCAUCCCCGACCAGACCUGGUAAGGAGUGUGACACCCACCUGGAAGCCUACACAGAUGAUCUGGGAGCAGCGGGCGGCACCUGUCUGGAGGAGGAGGCUGGUGCCCUACGGCUGGACGAGGACAGCGAGCACCCUCCCAUGAUCCUCCGGACGGACUGAGCCUGACCUGUGAACUCUGAACCUGGAAGCAGAGCACACCUGCUCAGGAGAGGGCUCGGGGUCACGCUGCUGUGAAUGAAUUUUGACCUGAGUUGGGGUGAGGCUGGCCAGACUUACAAAGAGACAUAGCUGUAGCUGUAGUGAACUCUCACUGCUGAAAUAAUACAUUGUUUCCACUUCAGUGGCUUUUAAUUCCGCUUACAAAGUUUAGCUUUUGGGGGUAUUUGGUUUUUGUUCUGUUUUUUUUUUUUUCUUUCUUUUUUUGCCAAAAUUAACUGGUGAGGCCCUUGGGCUCCGGUUGCUCUGCAUGCGUUCUUGUGCCAAGCCAGCUGGGAGCGCUGGAGGCCUCGCAGCCAAGCAGCCGAAAGGCAGACUGAUGGACCACGGUGUCAGCGUGGCGUGGUCUGCUCGCUGAGAGGGGCUGUGCUCCGACAGGUCGGGCCCUCAGAAGGACAGAGGAGACCUUCUGGUGGAGACUCACUGGACCCUUCUUCCCCGUUCUGCUCAUCAAAUUCUUUCCAAGUCGGAUGAUCCUGGGAUUUCUUCUCUGGAGGACUUUGGUUCUAGUCUCUCUCUGAUCUUGCUUUUUCCCUGUGAGUUCUGGAAUUGGGGGACAGGGGCUGCGAUGUUUGAGGCCCUCCCAUCCGACAGCCAGCGACCCCAGGGGUAUCUGGGAAGGCCCUGAAGCACAGUCUCAUCCGAAUCAUUAAAUGACUUCUUCUUCUUUUCA